CGGCGAGCCAGCCGCCGCCUUCUGCAGAGCUGGCCCCCGUCGCUCCGCCGCAGCCCGGCCGGGACGUGCGGGCCCGCCCCGCCCAGCUGGGGUUCUCGCCGCCGUCAUCAACGCCCCCCCAACCCGGUUCUUUCGGAACUCCUCCCACGACCCUCUCAUUGGCGGCCUCUCGGGCCCCCAAAGCUCCCGAUCCCGGCUCUGUGUGAUAAGCCCCGGCAGGGGCGUGGGGGGCGGGGGGAUGUCGGGAGAGGCGCAGGUGCGAGGGUCUCAGGCACCUGGGAGGCCUCUCCCUCCCCAGAUGGAAUUAGCCGAGUUGGGAAGUGGAAUUCCACCUCCGGUGCCGGAGGGGACAAUGAUGGAGAUAAUAAUUAUUUUGACAAUCUCCUACUUGUAGACUGCGUCAGCUUUUAAGUAUCUUCCCCAUUCAUAAUCUGAUCUUGAUUCCCUUCAUUCUCUCAGUCAUUCUUUCAUUUAUUAGGCAAAUAUUUAUUGAGCGUUCUCUAUAUGUCUGGCAUGUUAAUAGCUGGAGAUACGGCGAUUAUUAAGGGUGCUGGGUUUAUAGGGGAAAUUUAAAGAGAGACGACCUGUUUCUUGUCUUAGCUCUGGGACUUACUGUGUGGCCUUAGACAAAGAGGUUAAUCUAAGUCUCAGGUUUCCCACCUGUAAAUCAGAGCAUCCAAAACCUCACAGGGCUGUUGUGAGGAUCAAAUGAGACAAUAUUGGGGAACGAUCUUUAUAAAGCUUAUAACACUGUGUGAAUGAGAGAUUAUGAUUAAUUGCACCAAUUUGUUAGUUACUUCAUUUAUUCAAUAAACAUGUAAAUCCUUAAGUUAUUUCAUGCUUUGGUUGAGCAUGAGAUCUGGAGUGAGAACCUGGGUGUGGGUCCCAAUUCUGUCAGCUGUGUGAUCUUCAGCAACUAACUUAACUUCUCUGAGCUUCAGUUUCAUCAUCUGAAAAAUGAGGGUGUCAAUAUCAUCAUCUUUUUAAAAAAAUUGAACCGUAAUUGAUUUACAAAGUGUUAGUUUCAGGUGUACAAUAAAGUGAUACAUAUAUACAUAUAUUCUUUUCCAGAUUUUCUUCCAUUAUAGGUUAUUACAAGGUAUUGAAUACAGUUCCCUGUGCUCUACAGUAGGUCCUUAUUGUUUAUUUUAUAUGUAGUAGUGUGUAUCUGUUAAUCCCAAACUCCUAAUUUAUCCCUCCCCCCCACCUUUCCCCUUUGAUAACCAUAAGUUUGUUUUCUAUGUCUGUGAGCCUAUUUCUGUUUUGUAAGUUCAUUUGUAUCAUUUUUUUAGAUUCCACUUAUAAGUGAUAUCAUAUGAUAUCCGUCUUUCUCUGUCUGACUUACUUCACUUAGUAUGAUAAAUUCUAGGUGCAAAUGGCAUUAUUUCAUUCCUUUUAAUAUCUUCUUAAUGUAUCUAAUGAGAUACUGUAUGUGCAAAUGCAUUGUUCAGUGUAAAUAAAUGUUAGCCAAACUUGUAUUUAGGGCAGAUACUUUGGUUUCUAAUUCUCAUUGCAGUAUUUCUAUUUCUGUGGCAAUUUCCCCUGUAAUAUCCAGUUCAGUGCGUGCACCCCUGGGGCUCUGAAGCUUCUGUUGCCUUCCUUCUGAGAGGAGAGUGAAAUGGGGCAAGUGGGACAGGGAGGACUGUGUGUGCUGAGCAUGUGAUCAAGCCAUGGCCCAGGUCCUCUGACCUCUGCUGACCCUGAGAACCCUGAUCUCUGGCCUCCUGAUGCAUCCUGGUUCCAGAGCACUCGUGCCCAGGGAUCCUUUUUGCCCUGGGCCUGGGUAUUGUCCUUCCGGGCUCCAGGCCCUCCAGAGAAGAGGGCAUUGUCUGAAGGGCAAGAGUAACGAAGACCCCGCGUCUUCCUCUUCAGGGACAACCAGAGGCUGGGGAGUCUGGGUGCCUGUAAAGAGGGACCUGGGGAGCCCCCGUGGGGUGACUAGAGGGCUGAGGACCUAGUGACCAGGAAAGGGUGCAGGCAGAGGUGUGCAGAGAGGCCAGGGUACUUGGGUUCAUCACCACUGUGGCUCAGAUAAGGCCCCGCCAACUGGAAGCAGUGUCAGUGUGACAGAAGGGGCUAUGUGGCUGAAGAGGGAGGCACAACAGUGUGUCCACAGUGUCGGACCAUGCCAGGCACAAAACAGUUUCAACGUGUGAUUGAGACCGCGGAGCCUGGCAAGUGGGAGUUGUCUGGGUAUGAGGCAGCCCUGCCCAUCAGAGAGAAGUCAAACCCACUGACCCAGGAUCUGGACAAAGCAGAUGCCGAGCAGAUUGUUCGAUUGCUGGGGCAACGUGAUGCUGAGAUCUUCCAGGAGGAGGGACAAAUCAGGCCCACAUGCCAGGUGACUCAGCCUGAGUCACCUCUGACCACCAUGGUAUAAGCGGCUGGAAAAGUCCAGGAAGUGCCGAAGGAGCCUGAGGGGGGUGCUGGUGGGGCUGAGUGGAGGGAUACCUCUGGCAGGAUGGCAUUCCUCAUGUCGGUCUCCUUUAACCAGCUGAUGAAAGGUCUAGGACAGAAACCUCUUUACACCUACCUCGUUGCAGGAGGUGACAGGUCUGUGAUGGCCUCUAGGGAGGGGAUGGAAGAUAGUGCUCUGGAUGGGAUCGAGGAACUGAAGAAGUCUGUGGCUGCUGGGAAGAAGAGGGUGAUUGUCAUCGGCAUUUCAGCGGGACUCUCUGCUCCCUCUGUGGCAGCCCAGAUGGACUACUGCAUGGAUAACCCAGCGGUCUUUUUGCCAGUCCUGAUUGGUUUCCACCCAGUGAGCAUGGCCAGAAAUGACCCCAUUGAAGACUGGAGUUCGACAUUUCGACAAAUAGCAGAGCAGAUGCAGAAACUGCCGGAGAAACGGAAAGCUUUUGUGCUCAAUCCUGCAACUGCGCCUGAGGGCCUCAGUGGCUCCUCCCAGAUGAAGGGUGGAAGUGCCACCAAGAUCCUGCUGGAAACCCUGUUACUGGCAGCUCACAAGACUGCGGACCAGAGCAUCGCAGCAUCUCCGAGAUGCCUUCUGGAAAUCCUGCGGACAUUUGAGUGGGCUCAUCAGGUGACCUAGAGUCAAAGCCCCAAGAUCACCACCCUGAUGAAGCAAGUCAGCACCAGCCUGGAGAAAAAAGGCUGAGUAUACCUGGUUGGCUGGCAGACCCUGGGCAUCAUUGUCAUCAUGGAUGGAGUAGAGUGCAUCCACACCUUUGGUGCUGAUUUCCAAGAUGUCCAUGGCUUUCUCAUUGGUGAUCACAGUGACAUGUUUAACCAGAAGGCUGAGCUCAACCAGGGUCCCCAUUUCUCCUUCUCCCACGAAGACUUCUUGACUUCCAUCCUGCCAUCCCUUGCAGAAACUGACACCGUGCUCUUCAUUUUGACCCUGGAUGACAACCUCAAGGAGGUGCAGAUGCUGGUGGAGCAGGUGAAAGAGAAGACCUCCAACGUCCAGGCCUUGGCACACAGCACUGUAGGGCAAUCCCUGCCGGAGAGGACCCCUCUGAAGAAGCUCUUUCCCUCCAUCAUCAGCCUCACAUGGCCACUGCUUUUCUUCGAAUAUGAUGGGAACUUCAUCCAGAAGUUCCAGCAUGAGCUAAGCACCAAGUGGGUGCUGAAUACGGUGAGUACAGGAGCCCACGUGCUUCUUGGGAAGAUCCUCCAAAACCACAUGCUGGACCUCCACAUUUGCAACUCCAGGUUCUUCUGGCGGGCUCUGGCCGUGCUACAGCGGUUCUGGGGACAGCCCAAAUCUCGAUGCAUCGAGAGCCUCCUCCAGGCGAUCCACUUCCCUCAGCCACUGUCGGAUGAUAUUCGAGCAGCUCCCAUCUCCUUCCACGUCCAGGUUGCACAAGAGAAGGAACAGGUGAUCCCCAUAGCCUUGCUGAGCCUCCUGUUCCGGUGCUCCAUCCCUGAGGCCCAGGCAUACCUGGCUGCAGCUCCCUUUGUCCGUGAGGCUGUCAGGAGCGCCCUCACCCGGCCAGGUCGGAAGCGCAACGCCGACCUCUUGGAGACUCUAGAUCCUGCUGUGCCGUGAACUGGUGUUUCUGGGUGCGUGGAGGGGGCCAGCCCACCCCACGGGGACUUGUUGGGCCAGCAGCACGUGAAGUGGGAGGAGAGGGCCAGUCUCCAGGAGCACCAGCCGCCCAGGCUGGGGAGACAGCGUCUCUCUCCUUUGGGGAGAUCUUGCUGUUCACCCAGUGGUAUCCAC